AUGGAGAACGCCUUCGCAAGACCGGUAGACCAGGUCUUGUCGACCUUGGGAGUGCAAGCUUCCGCUGGUCUGUCCGAUUCUCAGGUCAAGAAACUGACUGAGAAGUAUGGCAAGAACGCUAUCGCCGAAGAGCCGCCCACGCCCCUCUGGGAGCUCAUCCUCGAGCAGUUCAAGGACCAACUCGUCCUUAUCCUCCUUGGCUCCGCCGCUGUGUCCUUCGUCUUGGCCCUGUUCGAGGACGAAGGCGGCUGGAGCGCAUUCGUCGACCCCGCCGUUAUCCUGACCAUCCUGAUCCUCAAUGCCGUCGUCGGUGUCUCACAAGAGAGCAGCGCCGAGAAAGCCAUCGCUGCGCUCCAAGAAUACUCGGCCAACGAGGCCAACGUAGUCCGAAACGACGGCCAUGUCUCGAGAGUCAAGGCAGAAGAUCUGGUUCCUGGCGAUAUCAUCUCCGUCCACAUUGGCGACAGGAUACCCGCCGACUGCAGGUUAAUCUCUAUCGAAAGCAACAGCUUCUCCGUCGACCAGGCCAUCCUGACCGGCGAGAGCGAGAGUGUCAGCAAGGAUGCACAAGCGGUCGUCCCGGAUGAGAAGUCCGUCAAGCAGGACCAGGUCAACAUGCUCUUCUCUGGAACCACUGUUGUUACUGGCAGGGCGAAGGCUGUUGUGGUCUUGACUGGCGCGAACACGGCCAUCGGCGACAUCCACGAGAGCAUAUCCGCCCAGAUCUCCGAGCCGACCCCGCUGAAGCAGAAGUUGAACGACUUUGGCGACAGCCUGGCCAAGGUCAUUACGGUCAUCUGUAUCCUGGUCUGGCUUAUCAACAUCCCCAACUUCAACGACCCCAGCCAUGGUACCUGGGCCAAGGGCGCCAUCUACUACCUGAAGAUCGCUGUUUCUCUCGGUGUCGCAGCGAUCCCCGAAGGUCUGGCCGUCGUCAUCACAACCUGUCUGGCCCUGGGAACUCGGAAGAUGGCUGCCAAGAACGCUGUUGUUCGCAGCUUGCCCUCGGUGGAGACCCUUGGAAGCUGCAGCAUCAUCUGCUCAGACAAAACCGGCACCUUGACAACGAACCAGAUGAGUGUCAACAAGAUUGUCUAUCUGAACGAGAACGGAACAGACCUCGAGGAACUCGACGUUGAAGGAACCACUUUCGAGCCCAAGGGAGACGUCACCUACAAGGGCCAGGUCGUUCAGGAUCUCUCUCAAAAGUCCUCUACCGUGCGCCAACUGUCUGAAGUCGCUGCGCUCUGCAAUGAUGCCAUGUUGGCUUAUGAUUCUAAAGCUGGUACAUUCUCCAACGUUGGUGAGCCCACCGAAGGUGCCCUCCGGACGCUGGUCGAGAAGAUCGGGCCUUGCGCGCCAAGAAACAGCGCACCCGAGGAUCGUGUUCACCAUGCCAGCGGAUGGUAUUACAAGCAGUACUCCCGCCUCGCCACGUUCGAAUUCUCCCGUGACCGAAAGAGCAUGUCUGUCCUGGUUCAGAAUGGCAGCAAGCAGAAGCUUCUUGUCAAGGGCGCCCCUGAGUCCAUCGUCGACCGCUGCACAAGUGUUGUACUUGGCGCAAACGGCAAGAAGGUCCAGAUGAAUGCAACCCUCUCGGAUUUGAUUAUGCGGGAAGUCACGGACUACGGAAACAAGGGUCUGCGAGUGAUCGCACUGGCAAGCAUCGACGACGUCUCAGAGAACAGCCUCCUGCAGUCCGCCAGAUCUACCGCUGAUUACGCCAAAAUCGAGCAGAACCUGACCUUGCUUGGCUUGGUCGGCAUGCUUGACCCUCCUCGUCCCGAAGUUCCUGCCUCGAUUGCCAAGUGCAAGGAGGCUGGCAUCCGCGUCAUCGUCAUCACUGGAGACAACCGCAACACCGCUGAGAGUAUCUGCCGUCAAAUCGGCGUCUUCGGGCAGUAUGAGGAUCUCAAGGGAAAGAGCUUCACUGGCCGCGAGUUUGAGAACCUGAGCCCCGCUGAGCAGCUCGAGGCUGCCAAGAAUGCAUCCUUGUUCUCGCGCGUAGAACCCAGCCACAAGUCUAAACUGGUUGAUCUGCUUCAGUCUCUGGGCGAAGUCGUUGCUAUGACGGGUGAUGGCGUCAACGACGCUCCUGCGCUCAAGAAGGCCGACAUUGGUGUUGCCAUGGGCUCUGGUACCGACGUGUCGAAGCUGGCGGCUGACAUGGUCCUGGCUGACAACAACUUCGCUACCAUUGAGGUCGCCAUCGAGGAGGGCCGUUCCAUCUACAACAACACACAGCAGUUCAUCCGUUACCUCAUCUCUUCAAACAUUGGCGAGGUUGUCUCGAUUUUCCUUACCGCUGCCCUGGGAAUGCCCGAGGCACUGAUUCCCGUCCAACUACUCUGGGUCAACCUCGUCACUGACGGUCUUCCGGCUACCGCACUCUCCUUCAACCCUCCUGACCACGACAUCAUGCGCCGCCAGCCCCGCAAGCGCGACGAACCUCUCAUUGGCGGGUGGCUCUUCAUUCGCUACCUUAUUAUUGGUACCUAUGUGGGCGUCGCUACUGUUGCCGGCUACGCUUGGUGGUUCAUGUACUACUCCGGUGGCCCUCAGAUCGCCUUCUCUCAGCUCCGCCACUUCCACCGCUGCUCCGCUGAAUUCCCCGAGAUUGGUUGCCAGAUGUUCUCAAACGAUAUGGCCAAAUCCGCAUCCACGGUCUCGCUGUCUAUCUUGGUCACGAUCGAGAUGUUGAACGCCAUGAACGCGCUUUCAAGUAGCGAAUCGCUGCUUACGCUUCCUCUAUGGGACAACCUCAUGCUGGUCUAUGCCAUCGGUCUGUCAAUGGCGCUGCACUUCGCUCUGCUCUACACGCCAUUCUUGCAGACUCUCUUCUCCAUCUUGCCGCUGAACUGGCCGGAAUGGCAGGCGGUGCUUGCCAUUAGUGCACCUGUGAUCCUCAUCGACGAAGGACUCAAGCUCGUUGAGCGGUCGUUCUUUAUGCAGAAGACAACACGUACAGCUGAAGUCAAGGCUAAGAAGGAACAGUAG